CUGAAGUAAACAGUGUUACGGCAAAACCUUCAAUUGUUAUGAAACAACCAUCAUCUUCGCGUGAAAGAAUCAGUGGAUAGCUCACAAAAAGCAAGAUCAACAAAGUCAUCACAAAGAAAAAAGAAAAUUACAUCGAUCAGAAUUGCAGUAAGGUUUGAAAUGGAAGUCCUAGACUCGAUCAAACAAGUGUUACGCACGCAGGAAAUGGAGGUCGCAGAAUCCACAAAUCCGCAGGAUGGAAUGGAAGUCUUGCACACGGUUGAAAUGGACCUGACGGAUGCAAAUGAUGUGGCAGACGGAAAGGUUAUGAAGGAAAAAGUCACGUUCUUGGAAAUGAAAAUAUUCAAGAGGAACGUCCGUUCGUUAGAGGGCUUGGAAGAGAGCACUGAGCUGGACCCAUUGAAGAUCAUAUGCGUCGGUGAGUUUACAGGUGGGGCUCGAGCAAAGGGCGUUUUUAUAAAAGACUACAUGGGAAUUAAACCUACAGCUAGAAUCCACCCUUUCAACUCCAUAGACUUUUACUUAAAAAGAGUGAACUGGUUGCGGCGUGGAGACUAUAGAAGUCACUUCUCUAUAGUUCUUCAGCUAUGCGAGAUUUCGGAUAUGGAACGAUUUUCUGCCAUGACGAAGGUCUUCUUUCAACAUAGCCAGGGUGCACUGGUGUUUUGGGGGCCUCGCGAUCCGUCAUCGCUUACCAGAGCCGUGCAGUGGAAAGCCAAGAUCGAACAAGAAGUUUAUUCGCCGAUUCCUUGCGUUUUAGUGACGGAGAAUAUUAAAGAUUCACAGUUAAAAUCAGUGGAGUGGAUCGGGCCAGGGAAAAUAUUCGAAAACGAGUUGGCUCUAGAUAAGUUCUGUCGAAGACACGGUUUUGUGGAUCAUUUUGAAAUCAAAUGCCGUGACUGGGAAUCUGGAGAAAAGAGCGUUUUCGGACAAGCUGUGACCUGUGCUCUUGACGAGAUUUUGCAGAACGAACAUAAACAUGACAAAACUUGGAUUUGACUCAAAAAUAACCUGUACAGAGUGAGCUUUAUUACUACCUAAAGCCGAGCGGUUUUUUGGAUUGAGGAUCUCAUUAACUUUCACUUUUUUGGAAGGGAAAAUUUGUUACGAAAUUUUUCCUUUGCUGUCUUUUUUGCUAAUCCUAUUAUUGUAUAACUUUGCUUUGUAAUAAAAGCACUACCUAAAAAUGUUAAGUAAUUACUCUAAAUAUCCAUUCACAGUUAGGUUAGUUUUUGGUAGUCUUCGAAGCUUCCCAUUCGGCGCGGAGCGGGUGACAAGACUAAGCUUGCACAUUAUUCUCGUUACAUUUAAUAUGUCUUGUACUGUAAUUAAAUUUCCUAGAGUGCAAUAUUAACCAUGUACAUUGACAAAAGCAUAAUGAGAGUAAAGAUUAUUGAUUAUCAUUAAAAAGUCACUGUACGAGCUACGUACUUACUAGCUACCUGAAUAGGCCAU